GUGGAGGGGAUACGAUUUGCUAUACUUAUAUACGUGAAGGCGUACGCCACGUUCAAUACGACGCGAUCACCGUACGUGCGACAACGUUAUAACCAUUACCAUUUAAAAUGUGUAAAGUGUGUAACACACAGUAUACUUUGAUGGAAGCGCCACCGGUGCCGGCGCCCGCGCUCAAAUCAACCAAACAUUUAGAAAGGUUAAAGCAGAAACACAACAUUGUGACCGAUCCCAACAAUGAAGAGAAGCAGAAGGAGGUGGAAUACCAGCCGGACUUGCUCGCUGUGUCCACGCAAUACACAAAACUUGGAUACGACCUGAUGAAAUCUGCUAUGGUUCGUCUGCAAGAGACUAAAGCGUUCGUUAUUGCAACGAAGACGUCUCAACCAUUCCACGUGGCCCUCGGGGUCCUGGUGCUGACGCUGUGGCUGAGCAGGUCCGGCACUGAUUCUAGUUUGAGGGGAUGGCGCGCUUUAUACGUCGGCGCUAUCGCCAUACAUCUCGGAGCACAGAUAUGGAUGACACUUGUCUCUGGUAUAGUGCUCUACUUCUCACUGCCCAGACAUGAAUUCGGACGUGUUCAGACAGUACUGUUUCCAGUAUACUACGCGUUCAACGCCAGCAUGAGUCUACUGGCGAUACUCGCUUACUUCAAGACACAGUGCAUCACACGCUUCGCUAACACCUCUUAUGCACAGUUCGCUCUGCUGGUGGCUGUAUUUAGCAUCGAGGCUUACGUGCGUCUCAGCUUGGUGCGACCGAUGCUGCGCGCCAAGCAUGUCAAAACACAGAUGGAGGAAGUCGCUGGCGGUGGACAAGAGGUCGGUCGCCUAGUCCUAGGCGAGCUCGCACACUGUCCCCGCUACAUCCGAGUACUGAAAACAUUCAGGAUGUACCACUCCAGCAUAGCUAUGGGCACCAUGAUCACCCUCGGCUGUUCAUUAUAUUCGACAAUGAUAUUGGUGGACUCUAUGUGCCAAUAAAAAACGGUUCAAGUAGUCUUAAUUUAUAUACUAAACGUCUUUUGAUAUACAAAAGAGAUUAAGAUAAUAAAUUAAGACUAGGCGCGCUGUAGUUGGGGGGUGACCCCUAUCAGUCGCCAGGCGGCAGGGAAACCGCUUAAAGCAUUUCCCCUAUGAAUAAAAAAAAAUGCGCGCUGGUGAUUUUUCGUCAUCGUGACCCAUAGUUUCUGUCACCGUGCUCCUGUAUUUGUAUAGAAGUCACCUAAUUAUUACGUGUUCAAGUGCACGCUCGACGACAAGGAUUCUCAGGCACGGUGACAGAUGACAGAAAGUCAUCGGUGCGCGCGUAGCCAUUUAAUAUAUUUUUUUAAUGUAAUCAAACUAUAACUGCCAUAGUCAGUAACCUUAAAAGAUCUAUCAUACGGUAUCUAGGAAAUGCUAAGUAUUCUUAUAAAACGGAAAACUCAGCUUAUCUUUGUUUUUUUUUUAUUUAUACUGCGGAUUAUUUCUAUGUUAUUUUCCGGUAAAGUAUUUGGAGGUUUUAUUUCGUAUAUUAGAAAUUCCCGUUAAAUUAAUUACUGUAAUUACUUCAACAGAUUUUAUUCUGAUAAUGAUUAGUUGCAACAGACGUCAUAUAUACACAUGUAAUUGUCAAAACAAAUGAUGCAAUAACAAUCGAUUUUGUUUAUCUAAUUUAACGAAUCAAAUGCAAAUGUUAUUCUAACAGACAGUAUUUUUAUUAUAUUAAUUAUAAUUUUACUUUUAAGUAGGCAUUAUUUAAAUAUUCCCAUAAAACAAUUCAGGCUGUGAAGUCUUUUGAGAGGAAAGUCUUUUAUUAAUUGGACAAUGUUUUAUAUCAAGAAAAUGAAAUCGGUAUACAUAAUGGCGCUGGUCGCUGUAAUUUUCAUUUAAUUAGACAAAAAAUUGUAUUAUCGUUUAUUUAAUUAUGUUUUGGCACAAUAUAAUGAGAGCGUCUUGCUAAAGUCGUGUUGUGUUUACAAGAUUUCGAAUUGUUUCAUUUUCAUCGCACUAAUUAAUUCAUUCGUGUUAUUCAUUUUAAAAUAUCAUAAUGCCAUAAGCAGUAACACGUUAUUUUUGUUAUCAGCUCUUAAAUACAAUGGAACCAUGAUUGCAAUAUCGUAUUUGUAAAGCGCCAUCUUGCUUCAAUGAUUGCAUUUGCAUUUAAGAGCUGAAAUAUUAUUACGUUUCAUUAAUCAUCUGGUUGAUCGAAUCAGGUAUUUAUUACAUUCUAGGAUUUAUGUUAGUUAAUCGUGGCAUUUAUGGACCUUGCCAGUCUGUUAAUUAAUUUAUAUUACUUAUACUAGUGUCGCAAUUAAGUUUUAUUAUAUAGAAGCGACCGCAGCCGGCCCAUCAUAAGCUGCUUGAUAUGAAGAAACUCAGUUGUCUGCUCUCUAAUUUCCUGCAAUACUGCCAUAAAAUAGUUUUAGUUUAGGUUUAAGUAUUACAUAGAUUCUUGAUAGCACUAUUAGACGGGCAAUCGUAAAACCCUCCGCAGGAAGUUACGAGGUGACCACCAACGUUUAUUUCUGCAGUCACGAGAAUUGCUGGUCAUAUGAACAGUGUAACCGGACAUUUCUGAAUGGACUUUGACAUUAAGUUACUAUCCACAAAAUAUUAAAUUUCUGCAACUAAAGUAAAGCUUUAGUUUACGAUCUAUAAAGUAUUAAUAGAAGAAAUUUGAGAAUUUUGGGUAACUUAACUUGCUGAAAAGCCUCAUUUGUUAUGAGAAAAGUCGAAGAGAUCGCGGCAAACUUCUCAAGUACCCAGCGAUUGUCGUUUUUGACUGCGCAUUCAACCCGCUAUCAAAUUGUAGCCGGUCGCUAAUCGCUUUAAUGAUUGAAAUCGUUAUUUUGUGACAGCAUCGGUACAAUAAAACGUUGGACCAUGCGUGGACUAAUCCUACCAAUUCUGAUGAUUGCCGAAUUUACAGUCAAAAUUUAUAAUUUACCUUAUUGUCAUAAGUUGUAAAAUAUAAUUAGGUAUCCAUCUCAGUGCCAGCCAAUAGCGUGCUACUUUAAUCAUUCUGAUUGGCCAACAUUUGGCGCCUUUUCAAAUUUAUUGUUAUACGCAGGUACAUCGAUGUGCCUAAAUAGUUGUCUUUCACUGUAAUCGAGCGGUGGAGCCGUAUUUAAAAACUUUCGAUUCCAAUCUUUCUAUUCGUGUAUAACGAUUGCGACCGUGGGUUCUCUGAUGAGCGUUGUCUAAGCUUAAAUUAAGCUUAAAUCUUUACUCUCGGUUGAUUAAGCUUAUUCAAGCAGCUUACACCAAUUAUAAAAUCGGGCCUGAUUGGCUAAUCUAAGAGUCAAUGACUAGAUAAAAUAUUGAAUAGAUUUAAUACUAUUUAUAAAACGAAUUAAUAGUUUAGUUUUUAUAAUAAUCUUCAAUGAUCUGAAUGUUACAAAAAUGUGAAGGAAAAUAUAAUUUAUUUGUGAAUGUGUUGUGAAUUUACACUAAAAUAUAUGAAUUAAAAUCUAUGACGUGUUAUUCAUUUAUUAUUCGU